AUGCAGAAAUACUUGGAACUUCGGGAAGAGGAGAUGAGAGUCAGAAAAAGAGAUAAAGAGCAAUGGAUGGCUCAUCGGAUGUUAACAGAGGACCAGAGGAGACGUAUCAAAAUUCUAGUUUUUAAGAGUAAUGCAUACCUCAGGAUUUUGACGUGGCUCCCAAAUUCAGUUUAUCAAGGUGCCAAGUCUUUCUACAAGGAAGAAGACGAGACUGUUGCGGUCAACGUUUACGGGAAAUCGAAAGUUGCAGCAGAGCUUCUCAUCAAAGAUAAAUAUCAAAACUUCACGAUACUGAGUAGUACCAUCAUUGGUCCUCAGACUUGGAUGGAUAGCGUCUUACAGAAGGGAGACACUGUAGAGUUCUUCCAUGAUGAGUAUCGUUGUCCCAUCUACGUCAAGGAUCUCGUGAGUAUCGCCUUCAAAUUGAUACAUCGAUGGGUCGUCUCAGAUGAUAAACAGAUGCGGCUAGUUUUGAAUGCUGGUGGACCAGACAGGCUGUCUCGUGUUCAAAUGGCGGAAGUGGUUGCACAAGUCAGGGGAUACGAUCUUUCCUUGAUUAAACAUGUCUCUGCAACAUCGGUAUGUGUAGAGGUUGAUCGAGGAGUGGUUUCACCAGCAGAUAUAUCAAUGGACAUAACUAAGUUGAUUCAGAUACUUGACAUUGAUAUGCCAAGAAGGGUUUAUGUUUCGAGGAAGAAGAAGAUCAAAGAAGCAGAGGGAAUUAAUCCAAAUGCUGAACCGGUUUAAUUGUUGGUUUUCGGUUUAGUGUUGUAA